AUGCUGGGCCAACUUGUCGGUUCCGCCAUGCUCUUGGCCGCAACCGCAAUCUUCCUUUACUACACAGCUUGGACGCUGCUGAUGCCCUUUGUCGACCCCGGCCACCCCCUCCAUGACCUCUUCCCUCCGCGUGUUUGGGCCAUCCGCAUUCCCGUCAUCCUGGCCCUCCUGGGUUCCGCAGUGGUCGGCACCUUCAUAGGCAUUGUGAUGAUCAACAGCAACAAGAAGAAGGCCGCCAAGGCCAAGGCCGCGGCAAAGAAGAAGACCUGA